AUGAUUGUGGACUUCAGGAAGAGCACUGUCCCCCCACCCCCACCCUCCGUGAUGGACUCCCCCAUCACCUCUGUGGAGUCCUUCCGUUUCCUGGGCACCACCAUCACCCAGGACCUCAAGUGGGAGCCGACCAUCAGCUCCCUCAUCAAGAAGGCCCAGCAGAGGAUGUACUUCCUGCGGCAGCUCAGGAAAGCCAAGCUGCCUGCACAGAUGUUGGUGCAGUUCUACACGGCCAUCAUCGAGUCCAUCCUCACCUCCUCCAUCACCGUGUGGUUCGCUGGAGCCACAGUCAGGGACAAACAGAGACUACAGCGCAUUGUUCGCUCUGCAGAGGAAGUGAUCGGCCGCAGCCUUCCAUCGCUGCAGGACCUAUCUGCACGCGUCUGCCGCUUGCAUCCGAGAUGGAUCGCGAAGGCCAUCGUGAGUCGAGCUGACCCUAUCUGGAGGCGUCGUGGCGAGAUCAGAGCCAAAGCCAAGCCCACUGUCUCCCACUGUGAUGAGGCAGCGACAGUGGCCAUAGAUGUGUUUGCAGAGGAGAUGACAUCGCCCAAAGCCCCUCUGCAGCCAGCUCCAAAAAGAUAA